AUGAUCGGGCCAAAUGAGAAGGAGCUUAUGCGUAAGCGGGGAAGCUGGGAGAGAAACAGAUUCUCCUACCAAGCGCAGCAGGGUGGCCUGUUCCCUGCUGCCUCGCGCAACCCCCACGCACCAUGUCCUCCGACACCCCAGGUCCAAGCGGUUCAAUGGCGCGCCAGCAUCCCCUUUACGCAUAAGGGAGAGCCUCAACCGCAGCGGUAUGACUUCUGGGAGCAGGAGAAGAGGAUCGAUACUCUGAGACCCAUUUCCAAGCGGACCGGGACAGAGGGGAAGGCCACGGGAUACAAGAUCCGCUCCCCGUGGCAGAUCAACGUUGCUGCUGCUGAAGUUAAUUCUUACCUCAUUGAUCUGCUGCAAGCCUGUCCAUUCCACGUCGACCCUUCAAAAAACAAGAGUCACAGGGCACGGUUGGAUUUCACGACACUCGCGCCGCAACUCCGUGUACCGAAAUCAUCCGAGUGGAGGGAGCACAUUGGUACCUCGCCCUGA